AUGAGCAGCAACUCGGCGAUUCUCGGAAUGGAGGAGGAGGACAUGCUAAGACUUGAUCUCCUCACAGCCACAUCUGAAGGAAACUAUCCGAAGGUGAAAAAGUUGCUCGAUUUGGGCGUACCGGUUGACUCGCACGAUGACGAUUUUGUGACUCCAUUGCAAAUAGCUGCUGCUCUUGGGGAUAAUUGGAUGGUUUCCACCUUCAUCGAUAUUGGCGCUAGCAUUGAUUCAUGUAAUCAAGUGGGUAUGACGGCUUUUCAUCACGCUUGUCGAGAGGGUCGUCUAAAUGUGAUCGAAACCCUACUGCAACGUGGGGCUGACAUUCACAAAUUCACCUUCCUUGGAGCAACCGGCUUAACCCUAGCGACAGCAGGAGGCCAUCUCGAUGUAGUGAAGAAACUUGUCGGUUUACAUUUGGAAGUCUCGCCAAAACCCUACGGACCGACGCUCACAAACUCUUUCUGUCCAUCGCCAUUGAUUGUGGCGGCUGUUGGGUCGAGUCCACAAAUUUGCGGCUAUCUAACAUCCAGAGGCGCUCCUGUGGAUGAGGUGUUGGCACCAUUGCUCAAUUUGACCGCACUCACAUCGGUGAUUCUCUGCUCUCGACCUGAAAGCUCUUACAACACGAUUGUUUCUGCGUUACUCGAUUUGGGAGCAGAUCCAACUCGGCGAACAUUUCGAAACGGAAAAUCAGCAAUCGAGUUAGCAGAUGAUUUGAAACGAGAGGAGAUCCUAUUGAAUCUUUACGACAAAAAUCGAAUUCGACACGAUCUCGCUCAGCCAACCGAUUUCCGGCAACUUCUCCGCGAGAACGCGCUCGAUCAAUUACCCGAAGCGCUUCAAACAAAGACAACGAAUUUGCCGGAUGCGAUUACUCCAUUGAUGUGGGCGGUUGCGGUGGGAAGUGCACAGGGAGUUUACAAACUGUUGGAGAUGCGCUACAAUGUUGACGCACAGGAGACAAAGUAUGGGUACUCAGCGUUGAUGUUGGCCGCCUUUUUGAGAGAAGACGAAAUCGUGGAUCUCCUCCUGGAGAUGGGCGCCGGUGUGGAAAGAACUGAGCCGAACACAUUACACCAAACUUCUUAUGAUCUCUACCUUACAGCUACAGAAGACACCCUUCCGGAGAUCCGAGCUCGUCUCCAUCGCUACAAACCAAAAGAGAAAAGUUUGAAUCGAGGGAAAAGCAAGAAGUUCUCGACAUCGGGAUCGAAGACCUUGUUGAAAAGAUUUGGACAAAUCACGCAAAUGAUGAGCAAAACGAAGAACCAAUUGGGACUCUCGGAUCCACAAGAAGGAGCAAGUCAUAUCAAUAUGAGGGAUUGGACAGAGAAUCGGAUACAAUCGGCGCUGGUUGAUGGAAGGAAUCAUCGGAAGCUUGUCCGCGUCGAGCAGAUCCUUCACCGUUUGCGUCACAUCUCUCCACCUAUCACAAGGAGUCUCGACAGCGAUUUUGAGGCGGUUCGAAGUUUGGCGGCGGAAAACGCCACUUUCGCUUUGACGACUUUCUACGAUCACUACAGCGAGACGCACAUCGAGCGUCGUGUUGAAUCCGAGCCAACUAGUCUCGAGUAUGAUGUGGCAAUGAAAUACGCUAAAGAAUAUGUCAGUGAUAUGAAAAUAGAUCGUCGCCCGCGCUCAAUCGUCGGUUAUCCGGAUGGUCAAAGUCCGACUUUUUCUCUCAGAACCACUCCAAGAAUGAUCAAGAAAUCCCGGGAUUCUUUGGUGUUGGAUGGGAUGAAUGGUACGAGCGAUGGAUCACCGGGGAGAGCCUCUCUACACGCGAAUUUCCUCUUUCCACCGUCUGGUGAUUAUCAACAGCACAUGCGAAAAAGUGUUUCCACUCCAUCAUUACCCGGUCCAUCGAAUCUCUCGUCAGUGAUGGGCCCACGAAUCACCGAGUAUCACAGUUACAGUAUGCGAUCGACAAUGCCAUUGCACGAUCUACAGGGAAAAGAAACUCUAAUUUGGGAUGAGAUGCGCAGUUGUGGUCUCUCCGAGUAUGUGCAAGUGAUGAUUGAAGAGGAGAUCGAUUAUGAGACAUUUUUCGCUCUCUCUUGCGAGGAUCUCAACAAAAUGAACAUUCGUGAUAAAGAGACGAUCGACUCGAUAAUUGAUAUACAAAAUCGUUUAGAGAAAAAGGGUUAUUCGUUUUAUAGC